CCAAUCCAACACAGGGGGAAGCCGGUAGCCAUACUAGCAGGAAUCAGAGGAUAAGGAAAAGAAGAAAAAAGCAAAGGAUGCUUUGAAAAUUAACAUCUAUACCAGCACGCUCAACUUGCUUCUCCUCCUUCUCUUCCGGCCUCCCUGAAAUGGCCGUUGCCGUAUCGAGCAUAUUCUCCGUCCUAUCCUCCACCGUUAAAUUCAGCUGCUCCACUUCCUCCCUGUCUUACUUCCCCUCCUCUCACGCACACGUCACUUCCCGCGCCUUUGUAUUUGGUCACAAGCGUAGAGACACAAAUUCGGACGGAGCCUUAUCCUCACCUAAAUCCAACAUACAAAAAGAAGGUUUUGGGCAGAAGAAGUAUUCAGGGCGAUCAAAAGAUGAAAGGCUUUUUCUAUAUGCUGAUGGAGGCAGUGGUAGAAGGGGUGUGGUGGGACUCCAACCAACUGCUCAUAAACCAUUUGGCAUGCCAAGGAAAGAGAAUGAGUUUCUGAUUGAUUCAAAGGAGCCACAGGCUGAACCAAGCAAUAUACAAGAUGCUGAUUUCCUUAAUGCCGUUGUGAAGGUUUACUGCACCCAUACUGCACCAGAUUAUUCACUUCCUUGGCAAAAACAAAGACAAUACACAAGUACGGGGAGUGCAUUUAUGAUUGAGGGUAGGAAACUUCUGACUAAUGCACACUGUGUGGAGCAUGAUACUCAGGUAAAAGUUAAGAGAAGAGGUGAUGAUACAAAAUAUGUGGCUAAGGUUUUGGCAAGAGGUAUUGACUGUGAUAUAGCAUUGCUUACAGUAGAAAAUGAUGACUUUUGGAGAGAAGUAGAACCUCUAAGAUUUGGACGUUUGCCACAUCUUCAGGAUGCUGUGACUGUUGUGGGAUAUCCCUUUGGAGGAGACACAAUUUCAGUGACAAAGGGAGUUGUAUCUCGUAUAGAGGUCACAUCAUAUGCUCAUGGAUCAUCUGAUUUGUUGGGGAUUCAAAUUGACGCUGCAAUAAAUCCUGGUAAUAGUGGUGGUCCAGCCUUCAAUGACCAAGGGGAGUGCAUCGGUGUAGCUUUUCAGGUGUACAGAUCUGAAGAGGCAGAAAAUAUUGGAUAUGUAAUACCAACCACUGUCGUUUCUCAUUUUCUAGAUGACUAUGAGAAAAAUGGAAAGUACACUGGUUUCCCUUGCCUUGGUGUGCUUUUACAGAAGUUAGAGAAUCCUGCACUUAGAGCAUGCUUGAAAGUGCAGUCUAAUGAGGGUGUAUUGGUACGCAGAGUUGAACCAACUUCUGAUGCGAAUAAUGUGUUGAAGGAGGGCGAUGUGAUUUUCAGCUUUGAUGAUGUUCAUGUUGGCUGUGAAGGAACAGUUCCAUUCAGAUCAAAUGAACGAAUUGCAUUCAGAUUCCUCAUUAGUCAAAAAUUUGCAGGGGACUCUGCAGAGCUUGGUAUUAUUAGAGGAGGAACAACAAUGAAGGCCAAAGUAGUUUUGAACCCACGAGUUCAUUUGGUUCCCUAUCACAUUGAUGGAGGUCAGCCUUCCUAUCUAAUAAUUGCUGGCUUAGUGUUCACACCUCUCUCAGAGCCAUUGAUAGAAGAGGAAUGUGAAGACUCCAUAGGGUUGAAACUAUUGACAAAGGCACGUUAUUCUCUGGCAAGGUUCAAAGGGGAACAGAUUGUAAUCUUAUCACAGGUCUUGGCAAACGAAGUCAACAUAGGUUAUGAAGAUAUGAGCAAUCAGCAGGUCCUGAAAUUCAAUGGGACUAGAAUUAAAAACAUCCAUCACCUUGCACACCUUGUUGAUUCUUGCAAGGACAGAUAUCUAUGCUUCGAGUUUGAAGAUAACUAUAUUGCUGUUUUGGAGGGAGAAGAAGCUGCAGCUGCUUCAUCCUGCAUCCUGAGAGAUUAUGGGAUCCCAUCUGAAAGAUCUUCUGAUCUUUUGAAUCCAUACGUGGAUUCAUUGGGAGACGAUCAACCACUAGACCGGGAAUUUGGUGACAGUCCCGUUUCAAACUUUGAAGUUGACUUUGAUGGACUGCUCUGGGCGUAAAUUUCCACUUUCGCGAUCGAAAUGUGAAAUUCCUCACGCGAUAGCAGCAAUGCUCGAAGCACAUGGUAACAAUUUUGGGCCCCAUUGACGCUUUGCAACAGUACCAGCGCAGCACCUUGACGGGAACGCAUGAAAAUUGAUCGGUAUAGAUUCUUACGUGGGGCAGGCUAGAAGGGAUAAUUUUGUUUUUCUCCUCUUCUCGCCCCAAUGACUAAAAAUUUUAUGUCUUCGUGAGAAAUGGGGUUUUAUUAUGACGUUAAUUAUUAUUUAUUUUUCAUAUUUUCCCUUCUUUCAUGUUUGCUCACUCCUGUAAUUGAUUAAAAUUUUCCAUGUAAUACUUGGACAUUUUUAGGGAGAUGUAGCGCACAGAAGAGUGGUUCUUAGAAAACCCUGGAUGGCAUCGAUGUAACACAAUAAAUUCAUUUAUUAUAGUCCAGUUUUCGCAGACAA